AUGGCCGGGACGCGCUGGGUGCUCGGGGCGCUGCUCCGGGGCUGCGGCUGCGACUGCAGCAGCUGCCAGCGCGCCGGCGCCGCCUGCCUGCCCUUCUACUCGGCCGCCGGCUCCCUCCCGUCCGGCGUCUCGGGCCGCCGCCGCCUGCUGCUGCUGCUCGGGGCCGCCGGGGCCGCCGCCGCCUCCCAGACGCGCGGCUUCCGCGCCGGGCCCGCCGGGAGGCUGGCGGGGCUGCCCCCCGCGCCCCCCGCCUCCUACGCGGCCCUGCGCGCCUCGCUGCUGCCGCCGCAGGCGCUGGCGGCGGCCGCGGGCCCGGCGCGGGGCUACAGCCAGGAGUCUAAAGCUACCUACCUGGAAGACCUUCCACCUUCCGCCGAGUAUGAAUUGCCUCCAUCCAAGUUACAAGAGGAAGUGGAUGAUGUUUAUCUGAUCCGAGCUCAAGGAUUACCUUGGUCUUGCACUGUCGAAGAUGUGCUUAGCUUUUUUUCAGACUGCAGAAUCCGUAACGGUGAGAACGGAAUACACUUCCUGUUAAACAGAGAUGGCAAGCGAAGAGGUGACGCCUUAAUUGAGAUGGAGUCGGAGCAGGACGUGCAUAAAGCCUUAGAGAAGCACCGCCUGUACAUGGGGCAGCGGUAUGUGGAAGUAUAUGAGAUAAACAACGAAGAUGUGGAUGCCUUAAUGAAGAGCCUGCAGAUUAAGUCUUCCCCCGUGGUCAGUGACGGUGUGGUUCGCUUGAGAGGACUUCCUUAUAGUUGCAACGAGAAAGACAUCAUAGACUUCUUUGCAGGACUGAAUAUAGUAGACAUUACUUUUGUGAUGGACUUUAGAGGGAGAAGAAAGACAGGAGAAGCCUACGUGCAGUUUGAAGAACCAGAAAUGGCCAGCCAAGCCCUAUUGAAACACAGGGAAGAAAUUGGUAACCGAUAUAUAGAGAUAUUUCCAAGCAGAAGGAAUGAAGUCCGAACACAUGUUGGUUCUAAUAAGGUAAAGAAAAUGGCAUCUCCUGCUAAGUAUAUAACUGAGCCAGACGUGGUCUUUGAAGAACAAGAAGUAAAUGAAGAUAUUCGACCUAUGACAGCUUAUGAAAGUGAGAAAGAAAUUGAAUUGCCUAAGGAGAUGCCAGAAAAGCUUCCGGAGCCUAGUGAUUUUGGAACUACAUCUUCGCUACAUUUUGUUCAUAUGAGAGGAUUGCCUUUCCAAGCCAAUGCCCAAGACAUCAUAAACUUUUUUGCUCCACUGAAGCCUGCUAGAAUCACCAUGGAGUACAGUUCCAGUGGGAAGGCCACGGGAGAAGCGGAUGUGCACUUCGACACCCAUGAGGAUGCUGUUGCAGCUAUGCUCAAGGAUCGGUCCCAUGUUCAGCAUAGGUAUAUUGAAUUGUUCCUGAAUUCAUGUCCAAAGGGAAAGUAA